GAAUCGCGCAGGACUCGGAAGGUGCAGCGGGUUGCAUGUGAAGUUGCGUCUGAAGCGGCGGAUCCUCUCACUCGUCCUGCGGCCAGCGCUCUUAUGAGACUCCGGCGCGCCCGAGACGCGCGGCACAGCAGACCCGAGCACAGCAGAGCAGACACCUCCAGUCGGACCGGAGCCCGCACUUUGCAUUUUGCAUGCCAAAAAUAAAAACUUAACCUCUCCUGCAUAAAAAAAACAAACAGAAAAAAAAUCAACCCUCUUUUUUUUUUUUUUUUUUUUGGUAAUUUGCAAUUUUUUUCUUCCCUCUCCGCGGUGACGACAAUCGUUGGAUCUCAAGAAUUCAUCCAUGGAUAUCCUCGGAUAAUUCCUUGCUUGUUUCACGCGGAUAUCUGCCCCCCCGCCCCCCAGCACGGUCUUGCAUGGUGCACGUCGGUCCGGGAAUGGCGCGAUGAAGUGAUCAGAGGAACUAGUCCAAGUGCAACCGCUCUGUGUGCAGCCGUCUCGUCAUGUAUUCCCCGAUUUGUCUAACUCAGGAUGAAUUUCAUCCCUUCAUCGAGGCACUUCUCCCUCACGUCCGUGCCAUCGCCUACACGUGGUUCAACCUCCAGGCCAGAAAACGCAAGUACUUCAAGAAGCACGAGAAGCGGAUGUCCAAGGACGAGGAGCGCGCGGUCAAGGACGAGCUUCUCAGCGAGAAGCCCGAGGUGAAGCAGAAAUGGGCGUCCAGGCUGCUGGCCAAGCUGCGCAAGGACAUUCGGCAGGAGUACCGGGAGGACUUCGUCCUCAGCGUGACGGGCAAGAAGCCCCCGUGCUGCGUGCUGUCCAACCCGGACCAGAAGGGCAAGAUCCGCCGGAUCGACUGCUUGCGGCAGGCCGACAAGGUUUGGCGCCUGGACCUGGUGAUGGUCAUCCUCUUCAAAGGCAUCCCCCUGGAAAGUACGGACGGCGAGCGCCUUGUCAAGUCUCCACAUUGCACCAACCCAGCACUUUGUGUCCAGCCACACCACAUAACAGUAUCGGUCAAGGAGCUGGACUUGUUUCUAGCCUACUAUGUCCAGGACCAAGACUCGCAGCAGUCAGGAAGUCCCAGUAACAAUGAGCCAGGCAAAAACCCUCUUCCAGUGUAUUUGGAGGACAGUUUCAUCAAAUCAGGAGUCUUCAGUGUUGCCGAGCUGGUGCGAGUGUCCAGAAUGCCCAUCACCCACGGCGCAGCGGUACCCUUCUCCAUGGCGGACAUGCCCGGCCAGCCCUACUAUCAUGACCUGAACUCCAGCAUGGGCCUGCACCGCUCCCUCUCCUCCCCGCCUGGCAGCAAAAGGCCCAAAACCGUCAACAUCGAGGAGAACAUGGACACCAGCCCGACGGGACCCGACUUCUACUCGUCACCCAGCUCACCAGCCAGCAGUCGGGCCAACUGGCACGACCGGGAUGGAGAAUUGUCCUCUCCCACCAUGAAGAAGCCGGAGAAGCCGCUGUUCAGCCCCACCUCCCCGCAGGACUCCUCACCACGACUCAGCACUUUCUCUCAGCCUCAUCACCCGGGCCUAACAGGUGUGGGACACAGUGUUAUAUCGACGAGGAGCCCCCCUCCACACUCGCCCCUGCAGUUCUCGGCCUCGGCCAUCCUGCCCCCGGCGCCGUCGCCCUACUUUUCGCACACCACCAUCCGCUACCCGCCUCACCUCAACCCUGCUGAUCCCCUCAAGAGCUACGUGCCGUCAUACGACCCGUCCAGCCCACAGAGCAGCCAGCCUAACAGCAGUGGUCAGGGCGUCGGGAAGGUCCCGGGCCACUUCACCCCAGUAUUGGCUCCUUCCCCACACCACGGUGCUGUGAGACCCGUCUCACUCUCCAUGCCCGACACCAAGCCCAUCACUACGUCAACAGAAGGCUACUCAACCCCUGGCACCCCCACGGCUAAUCGCUUCGUGGGCCUGAGCCCCAGAGAUCCCGCCUUCCUCCACCAGCAACAGCUGAGGAAGUGUGACUGGAGCGUGACUCAAAACGGCAGGCAUUAUGGCCCCAGUGCCACUGACGACACUUUGGGGAUUACUUGGCAAAGUCCUGGUACCUGGGCGAGCUUAGUUCCAUUCCAAGUGUCGAACGGGACUCCGAUUCUGCCAACAAAUGUCCACCAGAACUACAGCAUAAACAUCAUUGGUGAGCCCCUGGUCCCUGCUGAGACGGGGAACUGAGCACGCAGAGGCCCGGAUGACCCUCCUCGUCCCCCCGCCCCCCCCCCACCACCUCCCCGUCACCGCAGGUGGAAGGGUCGGGUGGGGGUGUUUGGUGGUGCAGAGCUCGCACCACAGGUGUCCGCAGCCAUGGAUGAAACCAGCAAAGCAGCAGGUGCUGCACAACAUCCCCCUCCCUGCAAAUCCUCCCUCUAACCCCCCCCCCCCCCCCCCCCCCCCCAUCCCCCCCUCCACCAUCUCACCCUCUCCACCCUCCUUGACCCCUGCCCCCUAUCACCUCCCCGAUGAUGGACACUGGCCCUGAAGUGAAGAUGAGGGACGGCUCAGAUGAAAGGAGGAGGAAGAGGACGCUUCAGGUCUGCUGUCUCCCGGCAACUCGCCCACCACCCACCAGUCAGUUGUUGUGUUUGCAGAACUUUUCAAUCCAUUUCAAAUACUGUGAUGUAUAGAUGCCUUAAUGUUUUAUUGCAUGACACUCUAGACUCUUAGCAGCGAUUCCUACUAUUUUUCCAUGAUGGAUGAAGAUGUAAAAUCUAUGUUUAGACACACACAGCGAGAGAGAGAGAGAGAGAGAGGGGGGGGGGAGGGGGGGGUCUGCGUUUUGACACCUGCCUGGUGGAUGGCAGGUGAGACUCUAAGCUCUGCGACCUCUUCAGAAGAGGCUUUCCCUCAUCAAACGAUUCACUGUGUACAUCAUAGGAACAAAAACUUGUGAAUUCAGAGUGUUUCUUCUUCCGUUUGAUUUCAGUUUACUGUGAUACGACUCUGUUCAGAAAGAAAUGUGUUGACUAUGUUUGUUCUUUACUGCUACUUAUCUCGAGAGUUAACGUAAACACUUACGGCAAGAGUUGAAAACUCUUGAUGCAGUUUUCGAAGAAAAAAAAAAACGAGCAAAAAAAAAAAAACACUAAAAAUGCUAGGCUUGAGAUUGGACCCCUCCUAAAUGAAUUUGCAUCUCCUUUUCAAAAGGAAAAAUGGAAAAAGAAAAAACAACAAAAAACAAAAAAAAAAACGACGAAGAAUAAGAAAAAUAGCGACAGAGGCAAGUGCAAUUGAAUUUUUUUUUCUUUGAAGGGAAGCUAUCAGUCUGUCAGCCCUGAGACUCUAAAGGAAGGGGGAUAAUUAGUAAAUGUUUUAUGGGUAAAAUGUUUAAGUGAACAUUUUAAUUUGAUUUCAGUCACAUAUCCGUCUCUUCGCAUGAGAAAAACAUCAAGCGUGAAAGGCAGUCGAAAGGCAGGCGUAAAGCUACCUGUGCAGCGCUGAGCAGAACCAGCACUUACUUUGAGCCCUUCCCCUCGUUGCGGGGAGAUCGUUUUAAUUUAUUUUUGGGGGCAAAAAAAUAAAUAAAUAAAAUUUUAAAAAAUUCAAGUCAAGAAAUAAGACACACAUAGUGUGCACAAGAGGUAUUAUAUUUUCUAGAUAUUUGCAUUGAGAUCAAACGCGUAUGCAUUCGGCCAUCAGCUUGUAAAGCUUUGUGUUUACAAAAAAAAAGAAAGAAAGAAAGAA